CAACUAGAAGAAGAAGAAGACGUAGUACGUGCUCUGUUUACGUCUCAUCUGUGACCCUGCUGCUGAUGUUGUUAACCAAAUUUCCAUGCAAGUGUGCACGUUUAAGGAUAAAAUAUGGCCUUAUUUUAGAUUUUAAAGUGUUAAUGUUCACAUGAAUAUCGUAUUUAGAUAGUUAGUCAUUAGUGCCAACAUGGAGUGCCUGAAGCUUUAGCUUUUUUUGGACCUUCUGAUUGACAGAAGGAGAAGAGACAAGGGACUUUUCUGCUAAUGCGUUAGCUUAGAGCAUCUUAGCUUUUGACACAGCCUUACAGAAGGAGUGACAGCUGUCUGCUGGCUAAUGUGUAGCUAUAAUUAUUGCCUCCCAGUGGUGGAAAAAGUGUUCAAAUCCUUUAACGAUUCUCUGAGUAGUUUGCGAGCUUUGGGCAACUGCCAGAACAACAUGGCUCCCAAAGACAUUAUGACAAAUUCCCAUGCCAAGUCAAUCCUGAAUGCCAUGAACGCUCUUCGGAAGAGUAACACGCUCUGUGACAUCACUCUGAGGGUCGAGAGCACGGACUUUCCGGCUCAUCGGAUUGUACUCGCUGCCUGCAGUGAUUACUUCUGUGCCAUGUUCACCAGUGAGCUAGCGGAGAAGGGGAAGUCUUUUGUGGACAUUCAGGGCCUGACUGCGUCGACCAUGGAGAUCCUGCUGGACUUUGUUUACACAGAGACGGUUUUGGUGACAGUGGAGAAUGUACAAGAGCUGCUGCCGGCCGCAUGUCUACUACAGCUCAAAGGUGUGAAAAGAGCAUGCUGUGACUUCCUGGAGAGUCAGUUAGACCCUUCGAACUGUCUGGGGAUUCGAGACUUUGCAGAGACUCACAACUGUCUUGAGCUGAUGCAGGCAGCUGAGCUGUUCUCCCAGAAACAUUUCUCUGAAGUGGUGCAACACGAGGAGUUUAUGCUGCUCAGUCAGAAUGAAGUGGAGAAGCUCAUCAAAUGUGACGAGAUACAGGUGGAUUCAGAGGAGCCAGUUUUUGAGGCUGUGUUAAACUGGGUGAAACACAACAGAAAAGAGCGAGAGCCGUAUCUUCCUGACAUGUUGGAGUUUGUGCGGAUGCCUCUGCUCACGCCGCGCUACAUCACCGACGUCAUCGAUGCAGAGCCCCUCAUACGCAGCAGUCUGCCGUGUCGAGACCUCGUUGAUGAAGCCAAAAAAUUCCACCUGAGACCCGAGCUGAGGAGUGAGAUGCAAGGCCCACGCACACAAGCCAGACUAGGUGCCAAAGAAGUUCUUCUCGUCAUUGGUGGAUUUGGUAGUCAGCAGUCGCCAAUCGAUGUAGUAGAAAAAUAUGAUCCCAAAACUCAAGAGUGGAGCUUCCUUCCGAACAUAGCAAGAAAAAGGCGUUACGUAGCCACCGUCUCUCUCCAUGACCGAGUUUAUGUGAUCGGGGGUUAUGAUGGGCGCUCACGACUCAGUUCUGUGGAGUGUUUGGACUACACGGCCGAUGAGGAUGGGGUCUGGUACACUGUGGCUACUAUGAAUGUACGUAGAGGACUCGCAGGAGCGACUACACUCGGAGAUAUGAUCUAUGUGGCAGGUGGGUUCGAUGGCAGUCGCCGACACACAAGUAUGGAGCGGUACGACCCAAACAUUGACCAGUGGAGCAUGCUGGGGGAUAUGCAGACAGCCAGAGAGGGGGCAGGGCUUGUCGUGGCUAGUGGACUCAUUUACUGUUUAGGAGGAUACGAUGGCCUGAAUAUUCUAAACUCAGUGGAGAGAUACGACCCUCACACAGGACACUGGACCAGUGUGACCCCAAUGGCCACUAAGAGAUCAGGAGCAGGAGUGGCGUUACUGAAUGACCACAUUUAUGUAGUUGGAGGGUUUGAUGGCGUGUCUCAUCUGGACUCUGUGGAGGUGUAUAACAUCAGGACAGACUAUUGGACCACUGUGGCCAGUAUGACCACACCACGCUAUGUCGGAGCUACGGUCCUCCGCGGACGCCUCUAUGCGAUAGCUGGAUACGAUGGUAACUCUCUCCUCAGCAGUAUUGAAUGUUAUGACCCAGUGAUCGACUCUUGGGAGGUGGUGACUUCCAUGGCAACACAGCGGUGCGACGCAGGCGUGUGUGUACUACGAGAGAAGUGAACUAUCUGAGAAUGAACUUUAGGAAAAACCACUUCGUCAGAACCACACACAGUCCUGUUUGUUUAUGCAAAAAAACUCUGAACACACAGAAGAGGUGUGGCCAAUGGAGACUGAGCUGUGUACAUUUAAAGGUGCUCUCUGUAACUUUUCUGGUGGAGGGUCUGCCACCUUCUUGCCCCCAAAGAAUUUUUUAUUGCUUUGCCUAGAAAAUUCCAGUGUGUCAUUUAGCACUGUCACGAUUUCUGAUAGACAAUGUUAAUAAAAAACAAAAGAAUGUGAUUUUCAACCUUAAAUAAUAGUGCUUUCUUUUAUAUUACCAUGUGGUGUUCCAUGAGUGUAUACGUGUCAUCUUAUACUUGUUUUGAUAGAGCUCAAGAUCAUUCUAAAGCUAUUCAGGAAUGUGAAUGUGACUUUACCUACUUGUCAAACUUGUGGAGAGGUAUUUUUCAAGGUAUUUUUAGUAAACAUAUUAGUCACAUGUGUUUUUAUUUUAGUAAAGAAUAACGCAUGUAACUAAUUAAAAGUCAAAAUAGAUCAGUUUAAUGCUAUACUGUGUAAUAUUUUGGCAAAGUAGAAAUGUACCUAUAGGGACAAAUAAAUGGCAGACCCCCCCACCAUAAAAGUUACAAAGUACACCUUUAAAAGAGGCCUUACGGAGCCCAUUGCCACAUGCAUGAUGACUCGGGCCAGUGCUACACGUUGCUGUCAUUACAUUUGAGAUUAUUUUUUCAUUUUGUCAUCAAAGUGCAAUAUAUUUCUACAAACAAGAACGAAGCACCUGCACUCGCUGCUAUUGUUUUUGGCCUUUGUCACACAGUGGACAUUAUGUUGAAAUUAUGGACCUGAGACAGGAGACGUGACCAGAUGGAGUGGUCAAUGGAUCAUCAUCUGAGCUUUUUAUAGUACUACUUCUGUUGUAUAUCCAGAUGUUUUAAAUCAAAUCACUAUUUUAUGAAGACAAAAGUGUAUCUAUUGUAAACAGGUCUUGUCUGGCUGAACUGAAGAACCACAAGUUUAAAAUGUAGAUGGUCAUUUUUUCUGAUCAUAAAUUGGUUAUAUAACAGUUUUAUUAUAGGCAUAUCCAGCCAUCACUGUCAUCUGAAUAAACUUUAUUUACAAAGUA